GCUGACUAAGGAACCAGGCACAUGACUAGCUGGUCUCAGCUGCUGUGUACAUGACAGUUCCUCCUGUCUCCGUAACCUUUGUUUUGGUUCGUUAAAUUGACUAUUUUUUGAUCCAGAAUGUCUCCUUAGCGGAUACUGUAGCCCUCCGCCUAAUUAAAUAGUCCCAGUUUAACGUGUAGAGAUGUUGGAGCCUUCGCAGCAGCAGAAUUACUCCAUCCAGGUGUGUGUGAUCCCGGAGAACCAGCACUGUGGACAGGUAGCGGACAUCCUCAGAGCUCAGUCCGCUCCUGGAAGCUCUCUGCUCGGAUGUUUGGACCGCAAAGGCCGACUUGUGGUGUUGGACCCGGCAGACAGAGAGGCUCCUCCGGCGGAAGUGGACGGCUGUUGGGCGGAUUUUUCCUGGGAGGAGGUGACUGCUCACAGUCGUGGUGUCAGACUGCUGGUUGUCGGGUCUCGUUUUGAUCUGAAGCUGCUGGAGGUCGAAGCAGAGCGAGCAUCUUCUGUUUCCCUGCUGAAUGUCUGUGAUUGUCCUGCAGACCGCUUGCUGCAGAUCAUCAGAGAGCACGACCACGAUGUUCCUGAGCUGCAGUCGGUGCAGAUUUUGUCAUUCUCUGCGGGUCGCUGUUGUCUCCUGCUGAACUCUGAUUGGCUGCUGCAGCUGCAGUUUCAUCAGACGGAGGAGCGGGAGCUGCAGACAUUAUCCUGCUGCAGAAUCCAGACAGACGGAGACGGACACGCAGCUGUGCAUCACUGCGUCUGCAGAGAAACGCUGUUCAUCCUCAGCAACACUGGAGUCAUAUCUGUGUGUAACAUCACCGAUGGUUGCCUCCUCGCCACCAUCGACCUCCCUGCUUACCUGAGCUCUGGUGCUCCAGAGGAUGACCUCACUUCCUCUUCCUCCUUCUCCUCUUCCUCCUUCUGCCUCCUUCAGGUGUCAGCUGAUCUCAGCACAGCUGUGGCCAUCACCAAGACUCACACCGCCAUCGCCGUUGAUCUAAACCACUACUUUAGGAUGCAUCCGGACCGCCUGCUGUGUGCUGACCCUCCGUCCCGCCUUCCUCUUCGACCUGAGCACCCCUGGGACCAGGACAGCCUGGCGAGCUCCGACUACAGCCUCUCUGCCCUGGGGUCGAAGCUAAAAGCUGACCGCUCCUGGGAGGCUCGUCUGGCCUCUAUGUACAGCAGAGCCCAGCAGCAAGCAGCUCCUUCCCCCUCCCACUCCCUCUUCCAGCCAAGUGGGACCUCCUGGUCCUCCUCCCUCCCCCACCUGGAGUUCCACCCGGCUCUAUCCUCGGCCCAUAGCAGAGCGCCUCCCGGUGGUGUGACGGCUAAUUUCUCCAUCUGCGAGUCGUCCAUGCCAUCUCUGCUGACUGUAACCGAGUUUUCAGCCCAGCUCACCUUCGUCUCACCUGGAAACAAACAGACCACAGUGGCAUUGUGGGAUUUGGAGUCUGGGAGAGUCAGCUACCACCAGGCGGAGGGUGAGGCGGUCCCUGUGGAGCGCUGUGGAGAGAGACAGCACAGACUGCUGCUGAUGAAGACUGGUGUUUUCCUGGUCUUAUUUUCCGUCUCCCAGCAGGAUUUACUCAGCAGGUUGAUGUUAUUUGGCAGUGCUUCAACCGUUGAUGCAGUGUGCCACCUGAACAGCUGGGGGCGCUGCUCCAUCCCCAUCCAUGCCUUACAGGCUGGACUGAAGAACCGUCAGCUGGACACGGUGGAUUUCUACCUGAAGAGUAAAGAAAACAUCCUGAACCCUGCAGCCGAUCAGCCGGCAGCCUCCACAAUGAGCCUGAAAGAGUGCGUACAGGAGCUCUGUCCUGCGUUGGACCUCUUGUGUUCGGCUGUCAGAGAGUCAAACAGCGACGCUCAGAGCCGACAGUUCUCUGAACAGCUGCUCAACAUCACCAUGAGCUUUGUCAACACACAGAUCCGCUCCAUCCUCUCCAACACACACUAUGAGGACGCAGGCGUGCUGAGCUGUGUGGAGGUUUUAAAUCGAUACGUCACAGAACUGAGGACCUACAUGAAGAGAUUCCCCUGGCAUACAGGGGGCGACACCACCAGCACAAACUCUGCUGACCCUGUUAAAGAGGAGGCUCAGAGAGACGAGUGGGAGCAGCUGCAGACAGAGGAGCUGAUCCGCGAGUCCAUCCUGACCAAUCAGAUCCCGAGAGCUCAGGCCGUCCUGCAGAGGCGGGGCUGUCCAGAGCAGAGUCUGCCAUCUCUUAGGAUGGAGGGUCUACGUCAGGUCUUCUCCUGCCUGCAGCACCGAGACCUGCAGACGGCCAAAACCCUGCUCACUAAUAUGGGUUUUAAUGUGAAGAAGCAGCUUCACAGCAUCAGCCUGUACACCGACGACAAAGACCUCAGAGAGUUUGUGGUGAAGGAGCUGUCAGGGCAGAAUUAUUUCCCAGCAGAUGAGCUGCAGAGUGUGGAGUUCAUCAGAGAGAUGGAGAAGCUGGGAUCGCUGCCUGCAGCCCGCUGUCCUGCAAAAACCACAUCCAAAAGAGCGGUUCAGAUGGCGCGUAGAGAGGCGGGUAGAGGAGAGGAGGCUCUGAAGGAGCUGCUGAGGCAGAGGAGGUCUGAGGAGGAGGGGGACAGUCUCUGGAGGAACCUUCGUCUGGACUGGGUCAGAAACUGGGACCAGAGCUGUCAGUCGGCCGUCCUCCUCUCCAGACUCAGCCACAGAGAGGUGACUUCCUGUGAUCCGGCCGUGUUGUGGCGUUACCUGACUGCCCUCCACGACCAGCUCCGUGUGGUCGACUGGAUCCAGAACAGCAGCGCCUCCCAGUGGCCGGAGUUAACCCCAGAGCUGGUGAAUAAUAACACGGUCUGCAGCUCGUACAUGAGGGAGGACAUCCUCGACAUGCUGGCCAGGAGAGGUGUGUUCAUCCCAGAUGAGCUGUCUGACCUGGAGCUGCUGCUGUGGCGGCUCGCUCAGGGUGGGGGUGUGAUGUCUGCCUCCCCUCCCAUCCCCCAGUACCGCUCCCCCCUCGGCCUCGACCUACACGGCCUCUUCAUCACCUUCUGUUUGGACCGCAGGCUGCAGUACCUGCUCUACUCCUACCUGGAGCACUACAGAUUAACACCCAGAAACUGUUCCUUAUUGACCAAUCAGAGCCUCUCUGGCAGUCAGCCAUGGUUCGAGAUGUUGGUGAAGAUCCAGGAGAUCACCAGAGAUCUGUCAGAUCCAGGUCUGGUGUUUCAGGCGUCUCUAACCAGUGCUCAGGUUCUGUUACCGGGUAGUCAGCCGUCUCUGAGCAGUCUGCUUUUAGAGGGUCACAGUCUCCUUGCUCUGGCCGCCGUCAUGUUUGCUCCUGGAGGAAUCGACCAGGUGGUGGUCCAGGGUGAAAGGUCAGGUAGAUCUGAGCGGGCUGUGGACCCUCAGCUCCUGAAGAUGGCACUGGCUCCUCACCCCAAACUCAAGGCAGCCCUUUUCCCCUCCGGGCCCCGUGGAAACAUGAUGACCUCUGACAUCUCGGUCUACCACCUGCUGCAGGCUCUCCAUCCUCUGGACCCAUCCAGACUGUUCAGCUGGCAGACUACAAACACCCUCAACUCUACAGAGACGUCUGAGCUGCCUCACUUCUCCAGCCCUCACCUGGUCAACAGGUUUGCUCUGGUGGAGAAUCUGGACUUCCUUUAUUACCUCCGCCAUGGCCGACCCUCUUUUGCAUACGCCACCUUCCUGGUGCAGCAGUUGAGCAGCUGCAGUGAAGUCAAGAUACUGCUGCAGCAGGUCCGUCAGCAGGUCUACCGCCUGGCCCUGCAGUGCUUCGAUGUACCGUCUGUGGCGUCGGCGUGCGUUUGUUUCUGUGAGCUGCUGGGAGUCUGCAGCCUGGCGCUGAGGGUCGACAUCCGAGUUAUGAACACCAUCCUGCAGCACUGGAACCAACUCAACACGUCCACGGCCACCGAACAACGCCUACACUCUCUGGGUGUCAAGUUGGCAGAGGCGGAGCCUGAAGCAGCAGAGGAGCUGAUUGGCUACCUGGAGAAUGCUGUGACGCAUAUUCUGGAGCAGAAAGGCAUCGGCAGGUCGUCCUAUGAGGCGGCUCAGGAGUGGGCGUUACCCGUUCAGUUCUGUCAGCUCCAUGGUCUGAGGCUCAGCUCGGUUUACCCCGCCCACUGCGCCGCUGAUGGACAGUUCAUCCACUACCUGUUAUUCGUUCAGUUUCACAGCUUCCCUCCUCAGCAGGUGAGGUCACUGGCGGCUCAGUUCGGCCCCGCCCUGCAGGCUCACCUGGGUCUGGCCUUCCAGGACCUCCAGGUGUUCAGUCAGAGGAAGAGCGGGGCCCCUGAGGAGCAGCAGGUGGGCCCUCUGAGCACAGCGAGGCCCUCUGAGAGCUCGGAGCACCCCAGAGAGCUGUUCCAGGUCCUCCUGCAGAGCCAGGAGGAGGACACGCCCUGCAGGUACCUGCUGCAGCAGGCGCUGGUCCAACGCUGCCCGACGCUCGCUGUACUGGCUGCAUGCCAACAGGAGGCGGGGCUGCUGCAGUGCCUGUGUGUGUGGGUGUUGACCUCAGUUGAUGAUGUCACAGCUGAGGAAGCCACCUCCCACUUGGGUGAAGCCCCCCAGCAUCAUGAGUGGACUCUUCAUGACCUGUCAAUCAUCUGGAGGACGCUGCUGGGGCGGGGCCACGUCAGGCCCCUCCUACGAGGCUUCCAGCUCUUCCAGAGGGACUGUCCUCUGGUGUUGGUGCUGAAGAUGUUUGAGUUGUGCUGUGACUACAGAAACUUCUCAGAGGCUAAAGCCAAGCUGCUGGACUUCCAGAGGACACUCAUCGCUAUGAGAAAUGGCAGCCCAGCCCCCUCUGGUGGACUCCCUUUGCAGUGGGUGGAGAGCCAGGCCUCCGUGCUGCUUCUCACCAUGCUGCAGCGCUGCUCCUCGCAGUACGACCUCCACCGCCUGCUGCAGCUCCUUGCUGAUGUCGACAAGCUCCUUAAAUCUAACGGUCCAGACUUCAGGAAGCUGAGUCAGCUGAGUCAGAUCCUUCAGGGGUCAGAGGUCAGCGUGUCUCCACAUCUCCUGCAGAGCAGCACUCCCUCCGUCCAGCAGGAGGAGUUCCAGGCUGCAGUGGAUGCUCUGCAGGCCAGGGGGCGCUACAACCAGGCCCGACAGGUCGCCCUGCUGGCUGGUCUGCCGGUCCACCGCCUGCUGCUCAGCCAGCUCCUCCAGGAGGUCAGCUCCCAGCAGUCUAAGCGUCAGUGGAGACGUUUGGACAAUCGAGUCGGUUUCUGGAGGAAAUGCCACGACCAGCUGAAGGCCGACAGCACUGAUCCUGAAUCAGCCUCUCAGUUCUUCCUGUCUCAGGCUGAAUCUCGUCCUUCGGACUCGUCGGAGGCUCCAAACGAGCUGCUGGAUGUCCAGGAGCGCUGCCUGCUGCUCUGCCUUGCCUCUCACUGGCUCUCCCAGCUCCAGCCCCUCCCUGUAGACAGACUGAAGGGUCUGGAGAAGAAGCUGUGGGUGAGCCGGAUCAGACAACACAUUCUCACCAUCACCAUGGAGAAGGAGAGCGUCUUCAACCUGCCGCCUGCCAUCACACCUGAAAUGAACACGUACGGCGUGCUCAUGAAGGAGUUCUCCUUCUCUAACAUCUCUGGUCUGAACACGGACGAGUGUCUGAGUUUGGACGGACUCCCUGGACCCCUGGAGGAGCAAAACAUCGACCCUGCUCUGAGUGGAGAGGAGAGGAAGGUCCUGGUUUCUCUGAUUGGUCAGUUAUUAGAUGAAGGGAGUAUCCAUGAAGCCUGCCGGGUGUGCCGCUACUUCUCUCUACAUCACCCAGACAUGUGGGUGGUGCUGCGCUGCCGAGGUCUAGCCUCUGGAGAAUCCAACCCUGAGGCUCCAGAGGAGGCAUCAGAGGCUCUGCCAAAGAAGGGCAUCACCAGCUCCGCCUCCAUCAACAGUUUGUCGUCUUUCGUGGUCGUCCCUCUCCCUGAAGACGAGGUCGUGGUCCAGCUCCAGAAACUUGUGGAUAAAUGUCGACAUGGAAAUAACUACUGCAAACAAGUCCUGAGUCUCUACCAGCUCUCAAAGGAGCUGCAGUGCUCCUUCAGUCAGAUCUGUGCAGAAGAACCUCGCUCAGUGCUGGAGAAGCUGCUUCUGUCGGAGCAGCCAGAGCGUUUUCGGAAAGCUCAGGCCUUCAUCAGAGCUCAGGGUCUGUCUGCAGACUCUGUGGCCGAGCUGGUUUCCUCCGCCGUGGCUCAGGCGCUGCUCACCUCCAACCAGGAGCUGCAGCUGGAGAGGCAGGUGUUCAGGCCGUCAGAGGGGAGGGACUCCCUGGUCCAGCUCAUCAAACUCUGUGAAGACCCGAACCUGGUGGGACUCAAGCUGCUGGAGAACCUGAACACUGUUCCUCUGAGGGACCUCAACUGCAUUGUGGAGCUGCUGAUCGUUGCUCACGACUGUUUCAGUCUCACCUGUAACAUGGAAGGUAUCGUCAGAGUCCUGCAAGCCGCCCGUCACCUUAGCCAUGCCCACCUCGCACCUGGAGAGCACUACGGUCUGCUGGUGCGUCUGCUGACAGGUAUCGGCAGGUAUAAUGAGAUGACGUACAUCUUCGACCUACUGCACCAGAACCAUCGCUUUGAGAUGCUGCUGAGGAAGAAGAUGGACACAGACAGAGGACAGAGCUCCAGUCUGAAGACGGCUCUGCUGGAUUACAUCAAGCGCUGCCUCCCUGCAGACAGCGAGAAGCACAACAUGGUGGCGCUGUGCUUCAGCAUGAGGAGGGAGAUUGGAGAAAACCACGAGAUGGCUGCGAGGACGCAGCUCAAGAUCAUCGAGUCUCAGCCGUGGGCGGUGACCCCUGAUCUGAAGAGUUCACUGGUCAAAGUGUUAGGUCUGCUGAAGGACGCUGCAGAGAGCUUCUCAAAGGACUCGUGUGUGCGUCAGGCCACUCGAUGCGUUCGCACAGCUAAGCUUGUCGCUCUCCAGCUUCACUUCCUGAAUAACGGAUUGGACCUGCGUGUCAUCAACCUGCGACCUGCAGAGAUGAUGAAUGCCAUCAUAGCUCUGCCUCGAUGCUACCAGGUAUUCGUGGUGUCGGAGGCGUACAGCUACAGUCCAGACUGGGCGGAGCUUCUGUACCAGAAGGUGAUCCUAAAGGGCGACUUUGUUUACCUGGAGGAGCUCAAACGUCACCGACCUCUGACGUCCGGCCUGUUUGAGGACAUUUUCAAAAAGCUGGACGGCGCUCCGAGUAACGCCAGUGCCAACGUGAAGCGUCUGCUGACUCACUGUGACGACGUGUACACCCGAUACAGACUGGCCUAUCAGCAGAAACUGUUCGAUGUCACCAAAACGCUGCUGCAGGACGCCAAGACGUCCAGCUACCUGAACGACAGGCUGGCCAGCUGAUUGGCUGACUGACUGACCAGAUAACUGACUGUAGCACAGGAGGACGAUGAAACCAAUGCAUCUACAGCCAUAGUGUUUAAUAACAAAGAUAAGAAAUGAUGCCUUUUCAAACCUGUCCUCACUAAAAAUGGGUUUAAAUGAAGCAGAAUGUCAUUUAAUCUUCACAAAAUAACAGAGAAAGAUUCUUUCUUCUAUUUAGAAACUGCAAAAUGUGGAAAAUAAUUAUAAUUUCUAUGUAAAAAUACUGUAAAAAUGUUUUAUUGAAGCCACUUUCUAAACCUAUUUGUAUGUAAAUAAAAUAUUUUAGCUUGUGCUCCCA